UCUUUACACUCCGGUUUAUUUAUAAGUAUUGAUUGUCUUUUGUGCAAGGUAGUCAGCCAGGCCCACAGUCAGCAGCACAGGUCGACGCCACGGCUGCACAUCAAGGAGGACACUUCCUGCUUAACUUUGAAAUGCUACUGUCUGAGAUUUCAUGUUUGAAAUAGAUUAGAAAAACAACUGGCCAUGUACUUGUUGCAUGUCAUCACCCUGUUUACAGUCAAGAGAUGGUAAUUCAGGUGAGAAUUGGAGAAAAUGUGGUGGAACAGAUGCUGAUUUUUGUGCAUUAUUCCUAAAUGAAGAGCCCUGACAAUUGAAAGAUUCAAAGCGUUUGUGUCUCCUAGGUACUCAGAGCAGGUGGAGUGUGUCGUUUUCCAGAAGAGUGAUCUGUGUGUGGGCAGGAACUACAGUCACUCUGCCCUGCCGUUAUGACUACCCCUCAGGUCACACUGUGAGGCGCGUUAUGUGGUUCCGUGUCUCUGUUGAGGGCCGCAGGGAGUUUGCUCACCACACCGACCCCAACCAGAUCAGCCCAUCUUACCGCGGGCGCACACGCUACACCGGGGGAAGCUAUUCCAGCUGCUCGGUUCAGAUUCGGGCUGUGAAGCUGGGCGAUGCGGGCCAGUAUCACUUCAGGUUUGAGACAGACCAGCCGCUGGGGAGAUGGACCUCACCUGACACCAUUACUCUGGAUGUUACAGACCUCCAGGUUCAGGUGCAUCCAGCGAGGCCAGGCAACAUGUUUGGAUUUGGAGAAACAGUCUUUGUAAGUUGCCAGGCCAGAGGAUGUGCUGCCCCAGGGAGAAGCCUGGCACUCUACAGGAACGGAUUGAACCUCGGCUCGAAUGAGAAAAAGAUGAUUAACCGCUUUGACCAGCAGCACGCAGGGGCAUACACCUGCCGCCCAAUCCCACCGCAGAACGUCCAGUCACCACCAGUCUCUCUGACAAUGGGGCACAGUCCUCGCUCCACUUCCAUUGCGGUGUUUCCUGCGGGAGAGUUGUCAGAGGGGGGUUCAGUCACUCUGACCUGCAGCAGCGAUGCAGCCCCACCUGUUGAGAGCUUCGCAUGGUUUAAAGACAACGAGAGCGGCAGCAUUCCAGACAGCUUCCGUCCUCAGCUCCACCUGUCCUACCUGAAGUACACAGACAGAGGAGAGUACUACUGCGUCGCUCGCAACUCACUGGGAACAGACCGCUCCGGAUCACUUCUUCUCAACGUCAGCUGUGCGUCUUUUAGCCGUAUCGUGGUCCAGAUGCAUCGCAGGGAUGCAGCAGGAAUAUUUAUGAUAAACUCUCCCAAAAACACACACGUGUGGACGAGUCCUCAGAGAGACAUCAGAGAGGGCUCGUCUGUAAACCUGAGCUGCAGCAGCCACGCCCAGCCUCCUCCCAGCAGGUAUGUUUGGUAUCGAAUCAUAGGUGACCAGGUGGUGCCUAAAGGUCACAGUCAGAACCUGACCUUUCCUUCAGUGGGGGCUCAACACGCGGGUCAGUACUACUGCAUAGCAUCAAACCGACUGGGUUCCCAAUCCUCUCUUGUCUCUUCACUAACAGUCCUAUACCCCCCUAAGAACACCUCGAUUCUGGCUCGCCCUUCCAGCGUGGUGGACGCGGGCCGACCCCUGACCCUGACCUGCAGCAGUCAGGCCUACCCAGCUGUGGACAACUUCACCUGGCACAGACUCGCUCUGGAUGGUGGCACUGUACACUCAGCAUGGAUCACCAAGUCUGGGCCCGUCUUCACCUUCUCUGAGGUCGGUCCUGGUGAGAGCGGUCAGUAUUACUGCGAGGCCAGGAACCGAAUCGGAGCCCACAGCUCUCCGGUCCUGACAGUCAGAGUCAGAGGUCGUUUGAAGGCGAUCGCCUUGGCUUCGGCGGUGGGCGUGUCUGCUGGUCUCAUCUCGCUGACGGUGGCCGUCAUGAUCAGCAAGAACAUGCACAGAGUAGACACGGAGUCCGUAGACGAUAUAAACAAGCGUCCAGCAGUGACACCCGACACACUGCGCCGUGAGCCGGCCGAACAAACCCUCCCCGUCAGAACAGGCAAGAUGUCCGACAUCCCGGAGGAGCCGGAGGAUUUAAGCGACACCUCCCAUCCCUCCAUCGUUCCUCUGAUGGACGCUCCGCCAAUCAAAGAAGUUUCAGGCCGCAGCUCCGCCUCCAACUUCAUCACUGUGCAUUACUCCAGGAUGUCCAGCCCGGAUCAGGUCCAGGUGCACAACAUGAGAGGAGAGAGGAAACCGAGGGAUUCUUCCAAAGUUGUUUACACUUUACUGCCCCAGCCUCGGCACUGAGCAGGAGGAAACGCCUCGUUAGAACACCUGGACCGGAUUGGUGUGGACCGGACUCUUUGCUCCCAUCACCUGGUGGCGCAGAGCGCUUCCUGUAUCACUGAAUCGUGUGAUACCAUUCCAGUUCAGGCAGCUGAGGACCUCUCUGUGAACCCGGCUCCUGAACUCUGCUGCAUGUCUUCUCCUCUUUUCUUUCAAUGCAUCCCGGAGUGGCAUGCUGUCCAGUGAGGUGAAAAUGCUUUAAAGUUCUUAAAGGGUAUAUAAAAAAAGCACCUCAUGCUGCCUGGUUUGCACUUCUGUUUUCUUUCUCCAGUGACAUUUUGGCACAGAAUGUAUAUUUGCUGUUAUCUUUUGCGUUCUCUGACCAUUUAGACUGCUGAAUGUUUGUAUUCUAACAUAAUUGUCUGUGAUAAGACUAAUAGUGUGAAAUUAGGAAUAUUAGUAUGUGAGUCCUUAGAGAACAUUUUGACUUUGCAGUGAUUGGGAUCUGAUUACUUACUCUCUGCGUCUUUGUUGAAUGCAGAUUAUUUUAACUAACUGUAACCUAAACGGUGAAAACAAGGAUAGUGAAGAAAUAUUAAACUCAAGUGACUUCUCACUUUGUUUUUUCUAGUUUACUACUGAUUGUGAAUUAUAAUUUGGCCCUAAAUAAACAUUAUGUGCGUAUCGACUGAAUUACUAA